CCCGCCACCGCCUCCCUCCGUCCCUCCCGCCCGCCCGCCCUCCCGCCGCCGGCUCAGCCUCAGCCUCAGCCCGCGCCUCGCCUGACCCGUGCCGCUCGCACACACACACCCACACCUGCCCGGCUCCGCAUCCCGCCGCCUCCUCUCUCAGCAUGGUCAUCAAGGUCUACAUCGCCUCCUCCUCCGGCUCCACGGCGAUCAAAAAGCAGCAACAAGAUGUGUUAGGUUUCUUGGAAGCCAACAAAAUUGAAUUUGAGGAAAAGGAUAUCGCUGCCAAUGAGGAGAAUCGGAAAUGGAUGCGCGAGAACGUCCCUGAAGACAGCCGGCCAGCAAGCGGGAACCCCCUGCCGCCCCGGCUCUUCAACGACAGCCGGUACCUUGGGGACUACGAAGCUUUCUUUGAAGCGCGAGAGAACAACGCGGUAUAUGCCUUUUUAGGCUUGACUGCGCCACCUGGUUCAAAGGAAGCUGAAGCACUGGCAAAGCAGCAAGCGUGAAUUUCAACUGCCUUAAAUGUUCUGUAAAGGGAAUUUCCACAGCUUUUUAUAAAAUAGUACAAUUGUCUCUGCUUCAAGAAAUGUAGAUGUGAUUUCUAACGUUUGAUUGGUGCUUGCAGCAUUCACCGUACAUAAUACAAAUCUGAAGACAAGAUGAAAACGCGAACGUGACGGUAGAGAGCACGGAGUGUUUUAUUACCAAGUUGGAACCAUAGGAAACUGAAGCAAUUAGACAGGAAUGAUUUUCACGUAGUUUAAACUGUCUUGGCAAUUCGCCCAUUUUGUGUAAACUUAAAGAAACUAUUUUAGUACUAAUAAUACAGAUGGGGUUAUACCUAGAGAUCCAACUAUUUAAAAUAUGGAAAACAGCAUCUAAAACCUUGUCAGAUACUAACUUUAGUGCCUGAGUUGCCUCAAAAACGUUACUGAAUUCCACAGUAAUUUUUCAGUGUCUUUUCUGGUUUCAGAUGAAAUUGUAGGUGGUAUUGUGUAGUAUAGGCAUUGUAGUCACUUUUGAAAGUUGUGUUUGUUCUUUUGUAGAAUGAAUAUUUAAGAUUUGUAUUGUAACACACUGUACAGAUGAUGGAAAAAAAAAAUAAUGCCAUGUAUUUCUCAUUUAAGUGAUCCGCGUGGGCUCUUUUGACAAAGAAAAAAGGGAUUUGGGCAAUGGACAGCCUUUCCAUUGGCAAGUUCAUCCCGCAGCUGCCUAAGCGUGAGUCGAUUCCAUCCCUGCGUGCAAGAGUCGCUGCAGCUCGGUGAAGUAUGCGCUAAUUCCCAGGCAAUGUUGCAAAUAAGCCAAAACGGCCAGAAAUGGCAUUUCCUUACCUGUGUAAGGGUGAAAGCCUUUAAUGUAUUUCUCUACAAAAAUGCCGGUUCACACUGCUUAUAGCAUUAGGCAUCUUACUGCAUGUUCGAGUAGUCAUUAGAUUCAUAUAGUAUUUUUUCAAAUGAGGAAAUAAAUGUUGGAAUAGCAAGAACUAUUGUAAUUAAGGAAGACUUUUUUCGCAAGGCUUUUUUUUAAGGUUAAAAGACUUUUUUUUCCAUUGUUUUUGCCAUAUCAUGACGCUAUUACAGGAAUUGCAAACCUAUUAAAGUGUCUUGUAUUAGUGAAUUUACCACGUGCAAUAUUAACCCGUCUGUUCUCCCAGCGCUCACGAGAAGGUCUGCAUUUCUUGGCCUUAUUCUGCAAAACCACAAAUAAUUACAAGUGCCCUGAAGGAUAAGAAACAGGUUUAAAAAGUGUGUGGGUAAUUUAAAAUGCAUUUUGCACCACGUAAUGUACUUAUUCCCCAAAAGCAAAAAAAAAAAGACAGUAAGAAAGAUAAUUAGUCCUUGCUGUAGUGAGAGGAUCAUUCUAACAGCUCUGCACAGGCACAUGUUGAUUUUCUUUGCUUUAUGGAGACAGAGAAGCCGGUGCUGCAGAUCCGCAAAAGGCUGCAGCUCACCAUCGCCACGCGGUUAUUUUAUGCUGAUGCUGUAAAACAUGUGCGGUGCUUUUAAAAUACUUUCUGAAACGGAUUACAGUUCAUAGUUUCCAAGUCUGAAAUUAGGAACAGGAUAAAAGUCAAAACUUAGGUUUACAAAGAUGUUCUAAAGGGCGGCAAUUAAAUACUUCCCUCGCCAGCUUUGCUUGGGGGCUUGUGUUCCGCCCACUGCAGCCAGCGGUUUUCUCAACAUUAGUUAAAAGAGAAAUGCGGGGGGUACCUGCUGCGCUGGGAGGGAGCUCGUGAGGAAGCUUCCACCAAGCGAGCAGGAUCCAGCAUGGAGCCAAGUUAGUUAAAAUGACAUUUAAUUCAUAUUUUUUUUUUUUUCUGAUUUGGGAGCCUGGGAGUCAGUUUGAAGCUUGUCCUUACACGAGCAAGCGCAGUAUCAGAAGGCACAGGGAUCGACCAAUGUCGCCUUACCUUCAACAUUAACACACGCAAUUGUGCUUUUUCAUUAACAAGCUUUACCAGUAAUUACUGAACUUUGCUGAAAUUUAUUUUUAAGAUCUUUUGGGGAUGGAAGUUAGGUUACGUUUUAAAUCCAGUGUCCGACUUUCGUUGUUCACUAUGAUUUUCUCUUUCUGAACCGAGGUGAUUUUUCUUUCUUAAUAUUGGCAUAAUCUUUGUGCCUAGUGGUGAAGUUUUUGAGAAACUAUAUAAGAAUACCAAGUGCAGUCUUGUGAAGAAAGUGGAAUUUGACACACAAGUCACUACAUUUGUGCCAGUUUGCGCCGUUUCCUGCGUAAGGAAAGUAUGGUGUAAGUUUCGUAAAUUACAGUCAUUAUUUUGGAGAAGCUGUAAUUGAAAGUCGCUGCCAAAUUCUGUCAGUUCAGCGACCCAAAACAUUCUGGAACGAGGUCAAUCUCCGUUUCUGAUGGUCAAAAAAAUUGGCCAAGUUUAAGAAAGCAAAGUCACUUCCCUCGUCUUGUCCCCCGCCCUUGCCAUAUGGUAGCGUUCAAACUGUAUCAGCAUUCCUAAGCGAGCUCUGUUGAGAAUUACUGAGUUAUUUCUUUGUCCGGGGAACAAAGCACCAACACAAACUGAAACAUACCCAAAACCUCUCUCUCUUGUGCGACUGUGUGGAAAACUUGCAUUCAUUUUGGUGCAGAUAUCUUGCAUGAAUUUAGGAGUGCUAGGAAUGUGUCGCCUGUGUGCUAUUUUUCUGUUUCCCAUACCUGUGGUAGGUCAAUGAUGGGCACAAGAACUGAAUUUGUUCGUUUCUGUAUUAUUUUUUCCCUAUGUAGAAGGCAGGCGUUGAGGAUUUAACCUGUAUAUUAACCAUUCCUGUACCAUUCCAAUAAAGCUGGUUUAGAAUGCUUUCUCACAUGACUGA